AUGAAAACGGGUCUUUGGUUGGGAGCUGACAUCGUGAAGGCUUCUGUGGGGUUCCGAUCAUCUUUACUUCUCUGCAUAAUUUCGGCGUUUUCUGAGGAAGAGUCAGUGUCCAUAGGGUGUACUUGUACAUUCUGGACUGUUAUUCCACUGACUCUCCUUGGUCAAGGCCGCCUCUUGCAUUCUGAUGAAGUGUCUCUGAGAACUGGCUGUCCUGUCACCAGCCUAACUGAGAAGGGCUCACCAUUUUUGGAUGCCACUCCAAGCACUAUCAACAACAAUCUUACAAAGUUCAAAAAUGAUAUUCCCUCUACCAGUUCUUGUUCUUCCUGGAACUUAACCAACCCUUACCUGUUAGAAUUGCCUUGGAUUCCAUACUUCCAACACUCCUCGCCAUCCCAUCAGUCACUUCCACUUAAAAUGCCUCAUUCUUUAGUUCAUGAGAGUGCAAAUGUGGUUCUGUUCUAG